AUGGCAGAGUUGCAUAUCACUGAUACACUCGGAGCCGGGAAACGCAAAUACGAUUCGUUGACACCAGUUUUGCAUACUGCGUGUCCUAAAGCACAACGUCAAACUCAAAAGAAUAUGAUAAAAGCUUUUAUGGAUAGGAAUGGGUGUGUUUCUGAGUUGUCAACUGUCUGUGAUGAGAAAGCCGUUGCUAUUAUGUUGACAGAGUCUUUUGUCGAAACUUUUGUUGCCAAUAAAGAACUUAUGGUUUAUUACACAGAAAGACCUGUCACCGUUAAUUUCGAUUCGGUGGAUCAGUGGCUGCAUUCACAACCGCAGCAAGAUUAUAACAUCCUAAUGAAAGAACUUGAUAAAUACAACUACAUUCUGAAAGCUUUACCCAAACCUAAAUUGGAACUAGGAGCUGAUAUGAAAAAUCCAUCACCACAAACUAUAGCUCAUAUGGAGAAGCUGGUUGACGCAAUUUUUUGUCCUUUGGUCUAUGGACCAUGGUACCCCUGA